GUGGGUACGGUGUAUGUCGGUGGCUUUUUCUGUUUUCUUUUCUUUUUUUUCUUUUCUUUUUUUCCCCUCUUCUGCUUUGAAUUUUAUAUUUAUCUUUAAUCUCCCCGCCUCCCCUCCCUCCCUUACUAGAGCGAGCUCGCUUAUGUUGUCAUCUUCCCCUCCACGAGCAUGCCCCGCUGGUUACACCAUGCCUCCCCUUCCUCCCUUGUGCUGGAAACGAAGGGGAAAAAAGAAAGAAAGAAUUGGGUGGCGAGGAUGGAAUGACGAAGAAAAAAAAAAGCCACUAUAUGCGGAAUGAAGAUAAUGGUAAUAAAUAAACAAAACUAACCAAUACCCACAGAAAUCGGCGUGAAUAAACACCCCAGGGAAAGGCGUGGCUGAACGAUGAAAGCAAAUGAGGGCGCGUCUCCCUUUUUUUUUUUUUUUUU